GUUGCCUUGCUCCCCUGCACAUCGAUGAAUUUAUUUUUCUUCUCCUCCCUAUAUACAGCCAUGUUAUUUUUACUCGUUAUUCACCGUGUCGCUAUUUCUAUUCUUAAUUAAAAUGUUUUGUAUUAUGUUUAAAUCUACAUUGUUGGAAACGGACCCAUAAGUAAGUAUUUCACUGUUAGCUUUCACCUGUUGUCUACGAAGCAUGUAACAAAUUUGAUUUGAUUUGGUUCCAUCUGUUCAAAGCCAGCUGGCACCUAGGAAGGAAACUCUUUUCACAGGCUAACACGGGACCUUGGAGGUCUUCCCAGCACCCAGCCUUCAUCAUGAGGAUGACGAUGUCCUUCCUGGUUGGACUUCUGGUCCAUGCUGAGUUGAUCGUGUGCGUGUGCGUGUGUGUGUGUGUGUGUGUGUGUGUGUGUGUGUGUGUGUGUGUGUGUGUGUGUGUGUGUGUGUGUGUGUGUGUGUGUGUGUGUGUGUGUGUGUGUGUGUGUGUGUGUGUAGGUAGGCUGGAAGGAGAACCCCAGUAGAGUUUGACUCCGUGUUCAAUGGGAGCAGACACACCUGGCGCUGAGGCAGCCCUGACAUCCUGCCCAUGUGUGCCAAAGGUAAAGAAACAUGUACAAUACACCACCAUUCAAAUAUAGAAGAUAGAUGACACAUAGAUACACCACCAUUCAAAUACAGAAGAUAGAUGACACAGAGAUACACCACCAUUCAAAUACAGAAGAUAGAUGACACAGAGAUACACCACCAUUCAAAUACAGAAGAUAGAUGACACAGAGAUACACCACCAUUCAAAUACAGGAGAUAGACGGACACAGAGAUACAGCACCAUUCAAAUACAGGAAAUGCGGUUGAUGGAAAUUAGAGGAUUCCCAGUCAGGCUCACCAGAGUACUUUUAAUAACUAAAGAAAUAGGUCUCUUAACCGGGCAGGUGGCUAUAUAUUGUCCCGCAGCCCCACAGUACAGAUAGCUGUUGUGAACUUAGCCUAUGUGAAUGUUCCCUAGGCGAUAAUCUAGCUCUGCCCAGUUGCAUAGUUUCCAGUGUAUCUGACUCACCUGUCGCCGAUGAUUCUCGAGGGAACUUGGGUGGCUUCGUGUCUUCUCGGAAAUACAGCAUUCGGGGACUUCCGUAUUCCUUUGGAGAUGAACGAGCAGCAGCGGAUGAACGAGUGGGCCCAAGACCAGACCUCCUCUCACUCCUGCCUGUCCGUAGACGCCCAUCAAUCCUAAGAGUAAGGGCGAUAAGGGAAUCGAGGCCCAGCGGUAACUCCCGACCUGUUAGCUCAUCUUUUAUUUCCUCUGAAAGUCCUUGAAGGAAGGUAUCGAAUAGGGACUCCGGAUUCCAGGCACUCUCAGCAGCCAACGUGUGAAAAUCUACUGUGUAGUCUGCCAUUCUACGGGAGUCUUGAAGUAAUUCAAGUAAUUUUCAGGCCGCCUCUCUCCAGAAUACCGGAGAAUCGAGCACCUUCCUCACCUCUGCCAUGAAAUCUUCCAGAUGACGACAAAUGGCGGAUUGUUGCUCCCAAACAGUCAUCACCCAGGAGAGCACCCUUCCCGACAUUAGUGUAAUAAUAUACAGGUUUUGACAGGUCCGAAGGGAACGAAGAUGGCUGUAGCUUAAAAAUAAGAGAGCACUGAGAAAGAAAACCCCUUCAGGAUCUCCAGAAUAUCACUCCGGAGGUGGUAGGCGGGAUACUCGGGGAGCUGGGGUAGGCUGUACAAACCCACCACUGAUAGUAGACAGGUUACUGGGUGGUUGGGAGGUCUCAGAGGUGGCAGGCUGCCUAUGAGCUAACUCACUGAUUUGCUCCAUUAUAACCUUGAACCUUUGGUCGUGGUGUUCCGUUAGGGUUCGGAGCCCUUCCAAAGGGUCCAGCAGUAGCUCCGCAUGCCUCCCAAUGGUGGCUCCCUGCAGGGAGACAGCGUGGCGGAGCUGGUCCAAGUCUGCUGGGUCUGUCAUGGACAGUUCGUACUAUAAGGGCACAGGGUGAGACCCAGAUGCAGACACGGGAGGCAGAUGGUACGAGUCUCUGAUAUUUAUUAUAAUCCAAGGGGCAGGCAAGAGAAUGGUCGUGGACAGGCAAAAGAUCAUAACAAGGUCAGAGUCCAGGAGAUAUAGAGUGGCAGGCAGGCAGUAUGGUCAGGCAGGCCGGCUCGAGGUCAGGGCAGGCAGUAUGGUCAGGCAGGCAGGCUCCAGGUCAGGGCAGGCAGUAUGGUCAGUCAGGCAGGCAGGCUCCAGGUCAGGGCAGGCAGUAUGGUCAGUCAGGCAGGCAGGCUCCAGGUCAGGGCAGACAGUAUGGUCAGGCAGGCAGGCUCCAGGUCAGGGCAGGCAGUAUGGUCAGGCAGGCAGGCAGGCUCCAGGUCAGGGCAGACAGUAUGGUCAGGCAGGCAGGCUCCAGGUCAGGGCAGGCAGUAUGGUCAGGCAGGCUCGAGGUCAGGGCAGGGCAGGCAGUAUGGUCAGGCAGGCUCCAGGUCAGGGCAGGCAGUAUGGUCAGGCAGGCAGGCUCGAGGUCAGGGCAGGCAGUAUGGUGAGGCAGGCUCCAGGUCAGGGCAGGCAGUAUGGUCAGGCAGGCAGGCUCGAGGUCAGGGCAGGCAGUAUGGUCAGGCAGGCUCCAGGUCAGGGCAGGCAGUAUGGUCAGGCAGGCAGGCUCGAGGUCAGGGCAGGCAGUAUGGUCAGGCAGGCUCGAGGUCAGGGCAGGCAGUAUGGUCAGGCAGGCUCGAGGUCAGGGCAGGCAGAAUGGUCAGGCAGGCUCGAGGUCAGGGCAGGCAGUAUGGUCAGGCAGGCUCGAGGUCAGGGCAGGCAGUAUGGUCAGGCAGGCUCGAGGUCAGGGCAGGCAGUAUGGUCAGGCAGGCAGGCUCGAGGUCAGGGCAGGCAGUAUGGUCAGGCAGGCAGGCAGGCUCGAGGUCAGGGCAGGCAGUAUGGUCAGGCAGGCAGGCUCGAGGUCAGGGCAGGCAGUAUGGUCAGGCAGGCAGGCUCGAGGUCAGGGCAGGCAGUAUGGUCAGGCAUGCGGGUUCAGAGUCAAGGCAGGCUAGAAUCAAAACUAGCAAAAAACAGAGAAAAGGAAAAAGCAGGGGCACAGAGUAACACGCUGGUUGACUUGACAAAACAAGACGAACUGGCACAGACAGACAGAAAACACAGGCAUAAAUACCCAGGGGAUAAUGGGGAAGAUGGGCGACCCCUGGAGGGGGAGAGACAAGCACAAGGACAGGUGAAACAGAUCACGGUGUGACAUUUUGUGCUGUGGGGUUGAAGAUACGAACCCAUAGGCUUGGCUCGCUAAUCCCUUCCAGGCUUUUUGGAGGGUGGACAAGAGCCUGUCAUAGCGGAUGUAAACAAUGUCCCCAUGCGCUCUGGUAGCUUUCAUGGCUGGGAUAAGUACUUUCCUCUUCUGGAGCACAGCUUCAGGAUAGUCCUCGUUGAGGAAGAUGUAAGUUCCUCUCUAGAAGAGUUGGUCAGAGAUUGUAUGAUUCUUAACUGUAGUAAUGCUUUACGCCAACCAUCAUUUGUCCUACCUGUAUAACAAUGUCAUAAUGUUGACAUGAUGUUGAUGUCUCUCUUGGUGUCAGAGUGGCAGCCGCAGGGACUCUGCAGGGUUGAUGUCAAUCAGGAGAGAGACCAAUGUAUCCUCACAGCAUUUGGCCAUGACUGAUGAAGUCACAACCACGUAUUUCCUCUUUGUGUUGAAAAUAGUCAGAAAGCAACAGUGAUCUGUUCCCAGUCUGACGCUAGAUGUGUGUUACAGGCAGACAUACUGUAGCACACUUGAUGUCAUCUCUUAUUGGAGUACCUAUCUGUCUCACCUCUGUGGUGAGUUACCCACAUCCCAUAACUGUAUCUUUGCAAUGUUUAGCAAAAACAAUGAUAUAUAUAUAUGUCAUCUGAUGCAGCACUCCAUCGCUCUCCCUCUUGGUCAAAUAGCCCUUACACAGCCUGGAGGUGUGUUGGGUCAUUGUCCUGUUGAAAAACAAAUGAUAGUCCCACUAAGCGCAAACCAGAUGGGAUGGCGUAUCGCUGCAGAAUGCUGUGGUAGCCAUGCUGGUUAAGUGUGCUUUGAAUUCUAAAUAAAUCACAGACGGUGUCACCAGCAAAGCACCCCCACAACAUCGCACAUCCUCGUCCACACUUUACAGUGGGAACAACACAUGCGUAGAUCAUCCGUUCACCUUAUCUGUGUCUCAGAUUUGGACUAAUAAAACCAAAGGACAGAUUUCCACCGGUCUAAUGUCCAUUACUCGUGUUUCUUAACCCAAGCAAGUCUCUUCUUCUUAUUGGUGUCCUUUAGUAGUGUUUUUUUUGUUGCAGCAAUUCGACCAUGGAGGCCUGAUUCACUCAGUCUCCUCUGAACAUGUAUGUUACUUGAACUCUGUGAAGCAUUUAUUUGUGCUAUAAUCUGAGGAGCAGUUGACUCUAAUGAACUUAUCCUCUUCAGCAGAGGUCCUCAUUUGAGCCAGUUUCAUCAUAGCGCUUCAUGGUUUUUGCUACUGCACUUGAAGAAACAAGUUCUUGAAAUAUUCCGGAUUGACUGACCUUCAUGUCUUAAAGUAAUGAUGGACUCUCUUUUUAUUUCCUUAUUUGAGCUGUUCUUGUUAUAAUAUGGACUUGGUCUGUUAUCAAAUAGGGCUAUCUUCUGUAUACCACCCCUACCUUGUCACGACAUAACUGAUUGUUUCAAAUGCAUUAAGAAGGAAAGAAAUUCCACAAAUGAACUUUUAACAAGGCACACCUGUUAAUUGAAAUGCCUUCCUGGUGACUACCUCAUGAAGCUGAUUGAGAGAAUGCCAAGAAUGUGCAAAGCUGUCAUCAAGGCAGAGUGGCUACUUUGAAGAAUCUAAAAUAUAUUUUGAUCUCUUUAACACUUUUUUUGGUUACUACAGGAUUUCAUGUGUUAUUUCAUAGUGUUGAUGUCUUUGCUAUUAUUCGACAAUGUAGAAAAAAAUGUGAAAAUAAAGAAAAACCCUUGGAUAAGUAGGUGUGUCCAAACUUUUGCAUGUUAUUUUGGCUUUAAUACGUGUCACAUAUCAGUUUGCAAACAAUGUGACUUUUUUUUUUGUUGAUAAAGCUGCAUACAAACUCUUUCUUGAGGAAGGCAGCUCUAAAAUGCAGGUGUUUUAGCCUAGCUCAGUGCUUUGUGUGGUGGGGCAGCCAGCGGAAAAUACGGAGCGUAGGGGUUGGUAAUGUUCUCUAGUUAUGCUGUGAUUGGCUCAGUGUUCUGUCACUUAUGGGGAUACUACGUCACCGCAAAAUCUAUGGGGAGAGUUCGAAAAUUCUAAUUUUGAUGACAAAAUUUGCCUUCAAGAUGGAACGCCGCGCCACCUCCCUGUUCAAGUGAGCACAGCACAACAAGAUGAGUCCCAAAAUGUCUUGUAUGCUGCUGCAUAAAUGAUGUAAUAUGCCAGGGAGAUAUGUAUACUGUAGCUAAGAAAGUAAUACUAAGUGUAUGUUGUGUAGUAAGCUGUUAGUAGCCCAUGUGCCUCACCCUAAUAAUUUGGUCCCUUUCCCCCUCUUAACUUAGCCUACUGUUCUGGCUAGUGCACAUGUAGCCUAUAGCCUGUUUUAGAGAAAUGAAGUCAUUGAAUAUUGAAAGAGCUUUCAUUGUCUGCUUAUAUGCCCACUUCAUUUAUCCUACCGUUCUGACUUGGUGUACAGGAAGAACACUGUAAGAACAGCCCAUGUUCUGAAUUCUGUUGCUGUACAUUUUAAAAGUGCUGAACAAAUAGUUAUAUUGAUAACUUCCGACCUAGCUCGCUCACUAAUGUACUCAUUGAAAUUACAGACUGCCUCUUGUCCGUUCGUCGUCCCCUUAUGCCACAGUCUUUACAUAUCAAUUGUCAGUAGAAACCACAUUUGUUUCAGCAAGUCAGCCAUAUCCGCUAUGUUUUUUUAAAAGGCAGUAAAUGAGGUUGAAUGAACUGUUUCGCUUCCAGACAAGCCUCUGCUGAUACUGAUAGUAACAGUGUUAGGCUCUGCUGUUGGGACAGCUUUAUGUAGGCUCUCACAGGUUGCGGGCACCGUUUGUCACCGCUAUAAUGCAAUAAAUGUAUUGAUUUGUGUUGUGUUGUGUAAUGUAGUGGCUUUGCUGGCAUGCAUACAUUUGUUUUUUGCCCCACCAAGAUUGACACGCUGAAAUCUGCACUGCAUAACAUAAACACAUUUAUUUGUUAAUAUACCAUCUCUACUCUGCUCUGUUUCCAGGUGAAGAUGGCUCAGAAAAAGCAACCAACAUUAUCCUUUCUCUUCACUCCAAGUACCAACCAUAGAGAUAGAACCACUACAUAUUAUGGUCAUUCUAUAGUUCAACCCGUAUAUAGAGAGUGACGUGACCAGUCGUGCGUAACUCCAGUGUGUCCUCCGGUCUGUCUGUCCCUCAGGUUGCUGACAGAGUCACGCCAGGCAGAGUUUAUCAAUGAGGCCAGGGUUCUGAUCCAACCACAGGAAUAUGAAGAAUCUAUAAGUACUGUACACUGGGUAUCAAACCCUGGUUGUCUGUACAACUGACCGUGUAAGCCCUCUGUACAACUGACUGUGUACGGUCUCUGUAUGACUGACCAUGUAAGCCCUCCAUACGACUGACCGUGUAAGCCCUCCAUACGACUGACCGUGUAAGCCCUCCAUACGACUGACCGUGUAAGCCCUCCAUACGACUGACCGUGUAAGCCCUCCGUACGACUGACCGAGUAAGCCCUCUGUACGACUGACCGAGUGAGCCCUCUGUACGACUGACCGAGUAAGCCCUCUGUACGACUGACCGAGUAAGCCCUCUGUACGACUGACCGAGUAAGCCCUCUGUACGACUGACCGAGUAAGCCCUCUGUACAACUGACCGAGUAAGCCCUCUAUACGACAGAACGUGUGUGUUUGUGUUUAUGUGUUUAUGUGUUUAUGUGUUUGUGUGUUUGUGUGUGUGUGUGUGUGUGUGUGUGUGUGUGUGUGUGUGUGUGUGUGUGUGUGUGUGUGUGUGUGUGUGUGUGUGUGUGUGUGUGUGUUGUACGUGCCUGGUAAAACCAUGUGAUGGGUGUGUGUGGGUGCAACGCUGCUGAUUGGAAUGUUCCUGAUGAUCCAGAGAAGUCUACUGCUGUCUACUGCUGUCUACUGCUGUCUACUGCUGUCUACUGUUGUAUACUGCUGUCUACUGCUGUCUACUGUCUAUCCCUGUCUGGUACUCUGUCAUCAAAGAGUUUGGAACUCUAACAGACUUGGUUCUGUUCGUACAGCUCGCUCCCACUGUGUAAAUGCUUUGGCUACUUUGUCCUGGUCACGUUUGGGAUUGAACUUCUGGUUAGCAUCCAUCAUACAUCAACUAUUUCACGAAGGGCUCAAUUCAAUGGAAUCUGCAUUUCUACUGGAGCUCUUGUAAAAGUCUCCCCAGGCGGUGCGUUUCUUCCAUCGGGCCAUGCUGACCGUAGGCCUGGAUGUUCUCUCUGUCUGGCCCCUCCUCUCUGGUCUCUACAGAAAGACCAAAGUCAGUGAGCUGGGUCCUGUGUUGUUUGUUUCUGGCCACGUUUCCCAUGAUGCCAGUUGUAGGGAGAGAACCCAACGUUCACAUGGUAUGCUUCAUGUAACAGUGUGUGUGCCUAUGUACCGACCAGCAUCCACUCCAGUCUGCAGCUGUAACAGGGUCUGCCUCUCAUCAGCCAGAUCAUCAGCUGGACUAAACUGGUAAGUUGCUUUAAUCGCCAGCGUGGCGGUGUGGGUGGUGACCUUUGUGGUCAUUUUCCCAAUCCUCUAUUUCAACUACGGCAAGGAAGUCCUUGAAAACACCAACAACAACCACACAAGCAAAAUGGCCUCCAAUGACUCUCACUGUUUCCAGUUCGGCAGCCACCUGAAAAAUCACUCUUGCAUGAAAAAGCUGAACUACAUCAUGUGAUCGUCAUCGUGGCCUGUGUGCAGACGGCACUGCAGUGUCACGUCAUGAGCCUUCUGACCAGGAAGUACGGGUUAGACUGCAUGUUUCACCAGGAAUUCUGGGCUCAGCUGAGGAGCCUGUGUUUUGCUGUGGUGCUGCUGGUGUGUUUCAUGCCCUAUCACAUGUUCAGGAUUUAAUACCUGGAACACCUGCAGCAGCUGGAGCACACUAACGAGGUGUUCCUCAGUCUCACGGCCCUCAGCUAUCUCGACAUGUUUACUUUCCUAGGGAGGGGACACUGCUAUAUGUGUGACCUCUUCUCACAUUACCUAAACUAUGAACUCAGAGCCAAAACCUCGCUGUAAUAUUGCUUCCCUUUUAAACAGUACUUUAGCACCAUCUGCUUGUUUAUAUAGCUACACAUCAUAGUCUACUGUACUGUUGGUCUAUUGCAGUUUGACUAUACUGGACUAAAAUGUAUUUUGUCUCAUAUUGGAAUUUAAAAUACAGUAAGUCGUGCCAAUGACAUUUCUCUCAAUAUGCCGAUUUCAAUCUUUGAAAAAACUUUGUGUAAGGCUACAGAGUAUGUAAAUAUUGUAAUAAAUAAAUAAAUGGCUAAAAUGUUA